AUGGAUUCGUCUCCGACUCAACGCUUGAAUACACGUCGACUGCCACGUGCCACGACCUUCGAGGGGUAUCAACGUCGCAACUCGACUCUCUCGGACUCGCUGUCCGAAGCCCGUAAUUCCAUUCGCUCAUCCACCGAUGGGUUGUUUCUCCCUCGUGUAGCAAAAGGUCGCGAUGCCCUGUCAACCGAAGAAUCGCAUUGGCAUUCUGCGCCCCUCGGGCUGGCCCUGUUGCCUGCAAUUGCAGGCAUCUUCUUCCACGAAGGCAGUGCAUUUGUCACCGAUGUCACAUUGCUAGUACUGGCUGCUAUAUUCCUCAACUGGUCUGUCCGGUUGCCUUGGGACUGGUAUCGCUCGGCCCAGGCCAUCCGACAAGAAGAAAGUGGAUUCCCAGCGCCCGACGAUCCCACCCCGUUCGAGCCAGACGAAGAUGAAGCAGAGUCCCCAACUACUACCCAGCCACAUCGGAACUCAGCAACAGCAUCAGCUCGCUCCGAGCUCCAAAUCCACGAGCUCGCCGCGCUCGCCGCAUGCUUCAUAUUCCCCGUAAUCGGCACCUGGCUCCUCCACGCCAUCCGAUCCAGCCUCUCCAGACCCUCAGAGGGCCUAGUAUCAAACUACAACCUAACCAUCUUCCUCCUAGCCUCCGAAGUCCGCCCAGUGGCGCACCUCCUAAGACUAAUCCAAAAGCGCACCCUCCACCUGCAACGCAUCGUAGCCUCCUCAGAACCAUUCGUCAACCCCACAACCAUCCAAGACCUAACAAAGCGCCUCGAAGAGCUAGAAGCACACGUCGCCGAAACCGCUUCUGCGCGCUCUGCCGAAUCCCAUGAUGGCCGUCCUUUAUCGCCAAAGGAACAGCCCGAAACCCCGUCCCUCGUGGCACAGUCCGUCCUCGAGACCCGCAAGUCUAUACAGCCAGACAUCGAGGCCCUGAAUCGCGCUGUGCGCCGCUACGAGAAACGCUCCGCGGUCUUCACGCUGCAGACUGAUCAGCGCUUCGCGCAUCUAGAAACGCAGGCUGGGGAUGCGAUUGCUCUCGCUGCGGCUGCACAGCGGAGCUCUGCGUCUCGUCGUCCGAACUAUGCGCUCGUAUUGUUAGACUGGGCUUGUGCAUGCAUUGUAAUCCCCGCACAACUUGCGCUGUCAGCUGCUAGUUUGCCCGGCCGGGCGGUGUUGGGGUGUUGGGAUGCUGCACGGCGUAUGUUGACGGGUCGCAAAGCUGCGCCGCGAUCGAAGACCAAAUCUGGUUUGAAGGGAAAGGCCGGGGCUCCGGGGACUGGGUCUUCGGCCGUGUAUCGUCAGGGAGGGCUAGCGCCGCAGCGGCGGUCUGUGAGGAAUGGGGAUGGGAUGUGA